AUGCUGUCCUUCAAGUGGACACUCCUUCUCUCCCUCUGGUUCGUCGCCAAUGUCGCAGCCAUUCCUCGGAUCACCACCCAAGAAAUCGAACUCUUUGUUGGCGCAGCUGGCGCCGUUACCAUGGCAAGUGUUCUCGGUUGGCACCUCCUCAGAAACAAAAGAGCGGCAGAGGCCGGGGCCUCUGUUGGCCCCAGUGUUGUCAAGACAGUUGUAUCGAAAGGCAGCCGAGAUGUGAUUCUUCGACCGACGCAACCUUCGACUGUACCCGUGACACGAUUCUUCUCUGUCCAAGCAUGGACCAAUGGCACAAUCAUCUAUAUGGAAGAGAUUGUUGACUUGCGAGUCGGCGACCUCACCAACAGAAAUCCCAGUCCCUCUGUUAUUGUGACAGAAGAUAUUUGCCUUCCUCAUGAACGGAUCGAUCAGGACACCUGUGAGGCUGGCAACAUUUCCAUGGGUAUCGACGUUGAAGAGCUUCCAUCGCCAUCUGACCACAAACCCUCUGUCUGUCGGAGCCUUGCUUCAAGCAUGGCGAACAUGAUUACCCAUGCACACAGCACAAUGGAGCCUAUCAUUGAGUUUGGCAGACAGACGUUCUUCGCUGUCCGCAACUUCCUGAACAAGGCGCUCGUCCCUUUCCUGAGACUGAUACCUACCCAUCCAGCACUGGCUGCGUUUAUUCUGCUCGGCAUUCCACUCUUGAUCAAACUUGGUCCGAUCGCGGCGACGAUAUUCCUCAUACUCUUGCGCCGCUAUGGUCCUGCCGCAGGGAAGAGAGGCCUAUGGCUGUGCCGCGCUGCUGCUGCCACGACGGCGACAGUCCUCACAUGGUUGUGCCGCUUUGCUGCUGCUGCGGCGACGACGGCCUUCAUGUCGUUGUGCCGCUAUGCUCCUGUCGUCCUCCUUUAUCUGCGAGACAACCUAGCCAGAUUCAUAAGGUGGAAUGUAGAAGGAGAUGAAGGUUCGGACAUUACCGUCGAAGAGGCCCCUGAAGCACUGCCUGUUGACAAAGUAGUGCUUCCCCCCGACUCAUCGACGGAUGCACCACUGGAUCCAACUCCCGCCACUCAAGUAACGCCGUCUCUACCAGAGACUUCCGAGAACGAUGGCGUUGGAACUCUCGUCAACUCCACCGAGGCAGAGAAGCCGGACGAACAGGCAUCCCCUGUUGACACUCCAGCACACGGUAAAGAAGACGGCCUCCUCUCACAACCCCCAUUCGCCUCGAAGGAUCUGCUACCACCAGACUCAGCGGGCGAACCGUCGCAAUCCGACAGCUUACCGGUCGUAUCGAAUCCGAUUCGCCCGAGGGACAUGGUUGAACAUCUAGCGGAUCGACCUUUCACCAGGCGUGACCCGCGAGCGAGAUUGUCGAUACUAACUGGUGCUAGAAAUCCGCAUGAGCGACAGCGACAACAGCUCGCCGAGAGAGCUUCAACGCAGGCAGAAUUCUAUGCUAAGGCUGACAGUCCGUACGCGAUGGGCGGACCAGAUAGGCGUUCUAGCCCACCUCAACCGGCUCGCAUGGUCACAGAAAAACCAGAAUCGGAUAAUGCUGUCGUGUCCGAGAAAGUGCCUUCUCCGCAAACAGAAUCGAGCGUUGUUUCGGCUCCAGGUGACAUUCCUGUGGUUGAAGAACUGGGUGAGAAAGAAUCUCCAAAUAUCCAACUUGGGUCGAAUACCACCAACGAACAUGAAGCCGAAUCGCACGAUGGCGCAGGUUCACAAAGCCAGCUCGGAUUCGACGACGUCAAUGGGCAUGAAGAUUUGAGCGUAGCGUCUCCUUUGAAAGACAUUCCCAUAUUGGACGAACCCCAAGAGGACAAAUCCUCAAACAGCCCGCUCAGGCCGAUCACCUCCAACGAGAAUGACCUUGUGGGACCGGAAUCCGUUUCGACUGAGCUUCGCGAUGGUAGAACUUCGACAGAGGCUCCGCCUCUCUUGGAGCCCAACCUAGAUUCUAUUCCUCUACCACAGGAAGAACAAGAUUCGGCCGCUACUUUUCCUUCCACUUUUACAGAAGAGGAAAGCAUCACGCGAUCUUAUGGGCCUGCUUUUUCGUCAGCCAGCGCACCCAUCACGUCAAAUCCAGCGGAGAACGAAGAGAAGGCCGAGGAUGAUGAUUCCCAGAAUCGUGUGGGAAAGGAAAAAGAUAUUCCUCCACGUCCGAUGGUGGAAGAUGCCGAAGAUGAGGACGACAAUCGACCUACCUCUCCACCAUCGACAGGCAUCCUCGAAAGGGUUGCGGAUGCAGAAGAGCCCGUCGAGGGCGAAGCCAAGCGUGACAGUGGCAGCAAUGAAGGACCGCUCUCCUCGAGCGUGUCUGGGACUGAUGCCCCAGAGGAACGUCAUCAACAAUCGAACGAGGCUUCUGCUCAGCGCCCUGACGAUGCAUCUGGAGUCAGUGGCGACUCCAUCGACACUGGCACUGCUGACUUUGGGGGCUUGUUCGAUUCCGAUAGCCCUGUCACCAGUCCAUCUACGCAGAGGGACGUCCACCAGUCCCACGGCACCGGCGUACGUCGUCCCGGUGGACUUCGGACCCAGCCUCAAGAAGCAGGAGGGACACCCUCCGGGAGCGAGCGCGUCCGUGGAGUCACCUUUGCAACAGAGUCUGACGGAUCAGUGGUGAGCCAGACGUGCCAUUUCCGCUCAGAAGAGGCGCCCGCAGCAUUGCGAGAUUCCAUGGUUGUAGAUGCGGAAGGCGCAGCGGCCACUGGCAUUGAGGUUUCGAAUGAGCAGCCAACCCCAGUCGUGUCUGCGUUCGCUGGGGACCAAGGGCAACCCCCGGGUGGAUCUGGAUUUGAUCCUGCCUUCUUGAGGUCCUUGCAGUCAUUCAGCCUCAUGUCAGAGGAGGAUCAAGCGCGGGUUUUGGCAGAGAGCGCGCGAGGAUCUGUGGAUCCCCCUGCUGUCACCGGUCAAAUGGACCCAGAUCUCAUGGACCUGACUGAAGACGCGCCAGACCCAGAACCAGAACCAGAACCCAUGCAAUUCGAGCCACAACAGAAGAGCGUUGAUGACAUCUUGUCAACCGCCAUGAGAGACUUAUCAUUAGAGCAGAAUGCCGCCGACAUGGACUAUGAACAUGACGGCGCUGCGCAUCAAGUUCCAGUUGGACCAGCAGCACCUCAGGGUCAAUCUUGGCCAGUGCAUCAAGUUCUAGCUGAACUAGCAGCAUCUCAGGGUCAAUUUUGGCCAGUGCAACCGACCGUGCAACAAGAAGAGGUCGCCGCGGGAGUGUCAGGAUAUGAGCCCGCGCGUCCGGUUGGCCUGUACGUUGAGGACGUUGAGGAAGACAACCCAGGAGCUCCCGACCCAUACAGCUGGCGGGAGUCUCAAAUGCGUUCGGUGCUAACGGACGAAGAGUUCAUGGUGGCGAGACACAUAGCCGCGGUGCUCGAACACAACAGAAGUGGAACGCCUGAAGUUCCCCAGACGGGCAGCAAUCAACCUGUUAUUCAGACGACAUUCGAGCCCCGGCUGAAUGAAGGACACGUCGCUCAGUCAGCAAUUCCUGGUUUGAAUAUCCAUCAAGUGGCGGACCUGGAAGAGGAACGUCGUCAGCACGUAGACGGUGUUAAGAGAAACCAGGAGGACGACCCAGUGCUUCCUGGAAACGAAACCGCUGGCAUACCUGAAUCCCACCGAGCCACUCAGUAUACAGGCACUGAUCGAAAGAGGUUGUCAAUGCGGUCUCCCUUUUCCCAGUGCAACCCUUCUCAGCUCACAACUCUUUUGGGAAGCGCGUCGGAGCAGGCUAUAAGACGGCAUUUACCCCUGCCGGAGGUGAACCCGACAGCCCCAAUCAAUCCCAGUCCCCAGGGCCUUCAGGAUGGCGACGUUCAACCAAGAGGAACACAACCUCAGGACCCUGCAGAUGAGAAGGAUCAAAAAUCUCCAGACAUCUUUUCAAGCGGUGAGGGUGAAGCCGACGUCCAAGGAAGCAGCAGCAUCACGGGCCAAGGCACUCCUGCCCAGGAGGAGAGAGGCAUCCAUAAUCAAGGAGAAACAGACAGCCAAAACCCUCCAAUUGAGGACGCCCUCGCUGAACGUACAGUCGCAGACCACGAGUCCGGAGAGAUUGCUCCAGGGAACGCAAACCCGGUAGAGGACGACUUCGCCGCGACCCUAGCUGCAUAUGAAAGGCAACUUGCUGCCGAUGCGAUCCACUCAGGACAACAGCCCGAAAACAAUGCCCAAGGGAGCGCAGACCCGGUAGAGGACGAUAUCGAAGCGCUCUUACUGGAACAUGAGAGGCAGGUUGCUGCCGAAGCGAGUCACACAGGACAAGAGCCUGAAAACAAUGUCCAAGGGAACUCAACCUCGAUAGAGGACGAUUUCGAAUUGCUCUUACGUGAAUAUGAAGGGCAAGCUUCUGACGAGAGUGAAUCAGGGCAAGAGACGGAAGACCAUGACCAAGAUGACGCAAACUCGGUGGAGGGUGAUCACCGCUCGAUGCUAUUUGCAUAUGCAAGGCAAGUUGCUGCCGAAGAGAAUCGCUCAGAGGAGGAGCUCGGAGACGAUACUCAGGGGAGCGGAGACCCGUUAGAUGUUGAUUAUGAAGCGGCCUUACAAGCAUAUGAAAGGCAAGCUGCGAUAGCUCAGGCGAACCGCACAGGCCAGGGUCAAGAUGGGGUGUCCCCCCCUGAUAUUGAUGCCGAGCGCGCGUCGGAUGAAGAAGACGGACAGGACGAAGAGGGUAGACAGAACCAUUGGGACAAUGGUGACGAUGAAGACAACGACGGUAACGGAGCAGAAUCUGCAUACAGUGGGAGUGAAGGAUCUCAGCAAGGAGAUGUGAUUAACAGCGAAGACUGGAAUCAGGGGCAGGAGGACCGUGACGAGGAUGAGGAAGAAUCGGGCGACGAAGACUUCUGGGACGUGAUGCCGGGAGAAGAAGAUGGCUCCCCGUGCAGAAACCGAAUGUUCCGCGAGCUCAACCGACUUCAGAACAGGGUUCCCCAGCCAUCCACGAUACCGGAGCCAAGGCCAAGUCAGAGGCCGGGAAUGGUUGUGGAACAAUUGGGCUACUAUCAGAGUAGAAUAUGGCUGGAACAUGAUCGAACGAUGCCGGGAUAUUGUCGAUAA